AUGGCAGAGCAGCGGAUCCUGGGAGAACAAUUCGUGGCCCAAUUCAAAGAACGAAGGAGCAACAUCGAGAGCCUGGCAGAGUCUGGAAAGGGCACACCGGGCGAAUACGAGAGUCAAGUUACUGCCCUCCGGGCGGAGUUGACAGCAUCGAUGGACUUGUUGACGGGGUAUAACCAGAGACAGCUGGAUACUCAAUUGAAGGCCCUCGAGCAGAAAGUCAGGGAGGCGAAGGCCUCGGCCAAGCCGCAGGGCAAGUUCUCCUUCAAGCGAAUGAAACCUGUGGCGAAGCCCGUGGUCGCUUCAUCAAGCAGCUCCACCAGCGCACCCGCCACAUCCAGCUUAGUUCCAAGCACAUCUUCCGGUCACACCAUCUUCUCCCUCUCCAACAGCUGUAUAACCUUCGCAUCACUAAACUCCGAACCCGGCGCCGACCUCCUCCUCUCCUCGCUUGAUCACUGUCUGGUGAACCUAAUACCGGCGUCAGCGGACCUUCCCCCCCCAACACCAGUACUGGGCUCCAUCCACGCCCGAGCACUCCGGCACACUGUCCUCCUUCUCCCGGUCAUACCCGGCAGUGUCUUCCUCGAAGGAUGCACUGAGUGCCUGGUCGUCGUCGGUUGUCACCAGUUAAGAAUACACGCCUCUGAGAAUACGACGGUGCUUCUGCAAGUAAAUUCCGUGCCGAUCAUCGAGCACUGUCGCGGGAUCUCGGUAGGCGAGUAUCCCGCGGUCUUACGAGCACUAGUACUGCAAGAUAGCGGAACAACGUUUGACAGCAAGCAUGCCGAGAUGCAGGAUUUUAACUGGCUUCAAGGUGGACAGUCACCUAACUGGAAUCGAAUCUCCGCGGAAUCUGCGACAUCAUGGGACGACCGAGUGCGGAGGUUGAUGCAGCAGGCACAAGGCCCCAUCGCCGAUACUGUUCUCGGUUUAUAGCAUUCUAUCCGAACGUCUUGGCAGAUGGAUGGACAGCAGAGAAUUUGCUCCAGGCGCUUCGGACACGUCGCCCGAGGCUUGGCUUGCAGCCGCGUGAUGAGGGAUUUAGGGCCAGCGCAUACAAUAUCAAGAGCCGUACUAUACCGCACGUUCAUUCAGUGCUCCUGUUUCAUUGCCACCUGCUUAUCAGUUAUUGAUAUUCACGCU